AUCAUCAUAUCCUUAUUCCUUCGAACCAAACACUCCCGAGUCUCGAAUCUAUUUUUUUUAAUACUCCGUAUAAAUAAUCUUGUGCAUCGGACGAGUUGGACGGCCUUGAAACGGUAGUGUGUAUAAAACAUAACUUCAUAAACUUUCUGCUUCCCACCUACCUCUCUUGUCAAAUUCUACAGGAGAAAUAAACUUCACUCAUCACAACAUUCACAAAAUUUCCAGACACUUUUUCCCUCUUCCCCUGCCCCAAGAAAAGUACCUCUCCACCAAUGGGCACCCGAAUUGUAUUGGGCUGGAUACUCCUAGCACUAGCACUGUAUUGUGGGCUUGACCCAUUUAACCACAGUUCAAUUUCCGGGUUUCCAAAUUUUGUUUCUGUUGAGGUCAAAUUACCUGAUAAAUACGAAAUUCCAACAAACAAAGAUUCACUAAAUUUGUUGCAGAAUUCGGAUGUAAAGUUGUUGGGUCAAAUUCAAGGACCCGAAAGUCUUGUUUUUGACCCGAAUGGUCGUGGCCCGUAUACUGGUAUUGCUGAUGGUCGUAUUCUCUUUUGGGAUGGCACCCAUUGGACCAAUUUUGCCUUUACUUCUGCUAAUCGGUCGGUAUGUGAUCCUCAGCCAAAUCCGUUAGGUUACAUAAAGAACGAGCAUAUAUGUGGCAGACCACUGGGCCUUAGGUUCAACAAGAAGACUGGUGAACUAUACAUUGCAGAUGCAUAUUUCGGAUUAAUGAAGGUAGGGCCAGAAGGAGGUGUGGCAACAUCCCUUGCAACUGAAGCAGAAGGGGUACCUUUAACAUUUACAAAUGACUUGGAUAUUGAUGACGAGGGAAAUGUGUAUUUCACAGAUAGUAGCGCUCAGUAUCAGAGAAGACAUUUCAUGCAGUUGGUUUUCUCUGGAGAGGAUGGUGGGAGGGUCUUGAAGUAUGAUCCAGUGACAAAAGAAACAACUGUUCUCCUGAAGAACAUCCAAUUCCCUAAUGGAAUUACAUUGAGCAAGGAUGGAUCUUUCUUUCUCUUCUGCGAAGGUUCCAUUGGCAGGCUAAGCAGAUAUUGGUUGAAAGGAGAAAAAGCCGGAACCUCAGAAGUAUUUGCGAUUCUGCCAGGAUUUCCUGACAACAUUAGGACCAACAAAGACGGUGACUUUUGGGUGGCAUUGCACUGUCGUCGCAGCUGGACAAACCACUUGUUGGCAGCAACACCGAGAUUACGGGAUUUCUUGCUCAGGCUCCCAAUCAAAGCAAAGUAUCAGUUCAUGGUCUUCAUUGGAGGCUGGCCUCACGGAAUCAUUGUGAAGUAUAACCCUGAAGGUGAAAUCGUACAGAUCUUGGAGGAUAGUCCAGGGAAGGUUGUGAAAGCUGUGAGUGAAGUUGAAGAGAGAGAUGGGAAACUCUGGAUUGGAAGCGUCUUAAUGCCUUUUGUUGCAGUUUACGACUUGGGAUCAAGCUCGAGAUGAGAGGCUGGCCAACCUGUCAUCUGCUUAUCAGACAUUUCUUAAUCGCUUUCGCAUUCUAUUGCUCAUUUAUCUGUCGGUUAAGCUUUACAGUACAAAGGACUAGGAAAGAAAUGCGUUUGCUUCUUUUUUCUUAGGUUUGGUGAUUUAUAUCUUUAAUACUGUUGCAGCUUUUUCACGAAGGCCAUAAAUAAUCAAUACUCCCCCAACAUUAGAACAAUGUCGUCAAUAUGUCAUGUUUGACUAAGUGUGAAAAUUUGUUCACUUUUAGGCUGGUUAUUUGUUAUUUCUCAUGAUUUAUUCACUCUUGUAGUCUUAUACUCUUAUUAGAUUCAUUUCAAUACUUUCAAUAUGAAAGCAUACU